AGGCCAUUAAGUCAGUGUGGAUUGUGUGAGGGAGUGGAAUGGAUCUGAACGCCAGUGCACCUAAUGAGACCUGCGAUGUUUAUAUCUGCAAGGAGACCGCCCAAGUCCUUUUUCCCAUAUUCUACACCCUGAUAUUCCUGUUUAGCAUCAUGGGCAACAGCUUGGUCCUCUAUGUCACCUGCCUCAAACAGCAGAAAUUUAACUCCACCUCCCUGUACCUGGUCAACCUGGCACUUUCCGACACCCUGUUCUCUCUGGCACUGCCGGGCCGGAUCGUCUACUAUAUCCAAGGGUUCGACUGGCCCUUCGGGGACUUCCUGUGCCGGCUGACCACCGUCAUCUUCUACACCAACACCUAUUCUGGCAUCGCCUUCAUGACCUGCAUCAGCCUGGAUCGCUACCUGGCCAUGGUGCACCCACACCGCCUGCUCCGCCUCCGGAAGGCUGAGUCUGUGCGGGUGAUCUGCGCCCUGGUGUGGCUGCUGGUGUCCCUCCAGACCACACCCCUCCUCUUCAGGAGCAUGCUUGGCCGCAGCGGUGGCAGGCGCACCUGCAUGGAGUACUUCCGGCUGGACGGCUCCCCAUCGCUGCCCUACCUGCUCCUCCUGGCCUGCGGUGUCAGUUUCUGCAUCCCUCUGGGGGUCAUCUUGGCCUGCUACACCCAGAUCAACCUCAAGCUGUUCAGGGCGGCCAAGACGAACCCCCUGACGGGCCGCUCUGGGGCUCGGAGCCACAGGGCCAACAGCGUCAUCCUGCUGAUCCUGCUCACCUUCGUCCUGUGCUUCAGCCCCUACCACCUCAACAUCAUGCAAUUCAUGGUGCGCAAGCUCAUCCGGGAGCCUGCCUGCGAGGAGCUGAAGGCCUUCAAGAUGUCCCUGCAGGUCACUGUCUCCCUGAUGAACCUCAACUGCUGCCUGGACCCCGUCAUCUACUUCUUCGCCAUCAAGACCUACAAGCAGAGGGUAAUGAGCCUGUUCAAGGGUCGCCUGUCAACAUCCGUGCCGUCCCAAAAAACCACAACUGACAACAGCAGCAGCAACACCUGAUAGGCUUCCUCUGCCUUGCCACAUUGUGGUUUCAUUAAACAGGAAGUUUGAAAACAUGGGGUGGACUCUCAUCUGAUUUCAGGCGGCUCGAGUGAUUCCUGUUGUUACAGAGUUUGCUCAAGGAGUUAAUGUUAAACUGUGUUCAAGGCCGCCUUUGUUGAUCAGUAUAUGGCCAUCCUGUCGGAGUGUAAACAUAUCAGUUCUUACAAUGUAAAUAAUGCAUCAGUAUCCUCUUUCAUACCGAGUCAUUAAAAGAGGUUGUUUAAAAAAAGUAGCCAAGUAGAUUGUGUUGUGUUGGAACCCAGAGUGCCUCAUAAUUACUGUAUGUACACUGCAUAUCUUGUCUGCAUGAAAUUCCAUUUACCUUUUUGUGUAAGAA